AUGACUACCCGUCUCAUGCUCACGGCAGCGGCCAUUGGCAUGGCGUCAGCGCUGCCUUACCUCGCCGUCCGCGACGCCUGCUCUCCUCAGCCAGCCGGUGCUGGUCCGAUCACCUCGCCGGACACGGCCGAAGCUUUCUCGAACAACAGUAUCUACGUCAACACCGCUGUCAGCGCUCCCACCCCUCAGGGCUACAGCCUGGCAUUUGCCCGCCUGUCAGGGUCUACUUCUCAAGAUGGCUACAUGGGCUCCUACAACCUGCAAACCUACGACACCAUCCAGUGUCAAGAGUACUGCGACAGCGUCCUCGGUUGCAACGCCUUCAACAUCUUCUAUGAGCGCGACCCAUCCGUGGACCCAGGCGCCGGCUGCGACAACCCGCCAUCCACAGUCAAUAUCAAAUGCAUCCUCUGGAACUCUGCAGUCACCGCCAGCACUGCCGUUAACCAAGGCGGCUACAGGAACAACUUCCACAUCGUCAUCGCGGCGUCGAACGGCUACGUCAAAGACGCUCCUCCGCCACCUCUACCCAGCUUCACCGGCCCAGUCGAGCUAGGUGGUUCCAUCAGCGCACCGCUCAACAGUGCUGGAAAGGACACUUAUACUGGGUUUGAGUAUCAUGCUGGUGCUUUUGAUCCUUCGAAGUGUGCCUCCGGAUGUCUGGCUCAUACGCAGUAUGACCAUGAUCAUCCGAAUGCUGAUGGGACAUACCAGGCGUGCAACUUCUUCAACGCCUACGUGCAGAGUGUGAACAACGUUCCUCAGGGCACUUAUUGCACGUUCUACACACAGCCAUGGGACCGAUCCUACGCAACCAACUACGCCUACUAUGCUGGUCAGUGGGCACAGCAGGGCAACUACAACUCCAUCAGCCAGUCGUACGGCUACAGCUUGACCACGCAAGAUCCGGGUGUGGUCAGCUAG